AUGCGCUCCCUGCUCCUGCUCCUACUGGGCGCCUCCGUGUGCUGGGGCCACUCUCAGCUCCGGGUCUUUAACCUCCGAGCCAAAGGCCUCCCGCAGGACUUUUUUGGGAUCACAGACGGCUAUGUGAAGGUCUUCUUCCGGAACGACCUGUUGGGACAGACAUCUGUGAGGAAGAACACUGUGGACCCCUGGUGGAAGGAGGAGUACACCACCUACACAGCUCAGGAGAACGCCACGCUCAAGCUGGAGGUGCACGAUGAAGACCUGAUCUUGGACGACCUGCUGGGGACCUGCCUGAGCCAAGUCCAAAAUGGGACGCACCAGAAGCAGUGUGCUCCGUCCCAGGGCAGCAUCUCAUCACCAGCCUGUUUGAUUUUAGGUGAUGCGCUCCCUGCUCCUCCUCCUCCUGGGCUCCUCCACGGCUACGUGAAGGUCCACUUUCGCUCCGAGCUCCUGGGUCAGACAGAGGUGUGCAAGAAUGAGGCAAACCCCUGGUGGAGAGAGGAGUUCAUCUACAUCCACCCCAAGCCCUCAGACCCCCUCACUCUGGAGGUCCACGACAAAGACAUAAUUUGGGACGACAUGCUGGGGACCUGCUUCACCCUGGUACGGUGGGGGACGCACCAGAACCAGUGUGCGUUAGAGGAGGGGGGGAUGCUCCUCUACGACUACACACUGAGCUAG